AGUGUGGGCUGUUGCGCGCGCUCCCUCUAUCUCCGUAUGCUCUCUCCACCACCCUCAACCUUUGGCACAAGAUUAGGUGGAUCAGGUUAUAGUGCAGUAAAGUUUGCAGCCCGUCUACCUCUCCAGAAUCAACCAUGGCGCUUCAAGCGAGAGCUCUGGUCAGCACUAAAUGGCUCGCAGACGCUGUAAAGGUUCAGGGCAAAAUGCGCAUCUUGGACACUUCUUGGUUUUUGCCCAAACUGCGGCGCAACACCAAGAGCGAGUUCAAGAAGAGGCACAUCCCGGGCGCAGCUUUCUUUGACAUAGACCAGUGCUGUGAUAAAACCUCUCCUCUGGACCACAUGCUUCCGUCAGAGAAGCUUUUUGCAGAUUAUGUCGGUAAUUUGGGAGUAGAGAGCGACACGCACGUCGUGGUGUACGACGCCAGCGAGUUCGGCGCGUUUUCGGCGCCCCGGGUGUGGUGGAUGUUCCGGGUGUUCGGGCACAGCGCGGUGUCGCUGCUGGACGGGGGGCUUAGAAACUGGGAACUGGAGGGUCGACCGGUGACUGACCAGUACGUCAGACCAGUACCGUCCGAGUUUAAGGCCUCCCUGAACCGCUCCUGGAUCAAGAGCUAUGAAGAUAUCCUGGAUAACCUGGAGACCAAGAGGUUCCAGGUGGUGGACGCCAGGCCCGCAGGCAGGUUCAAAGGACUGGACCCUGAACCCAGAGACAACACAGAGCCAGGCCACAUCCCUGGCUCCAUCAACGUGCCCUUCCACUCCUUCCUGUCUCCGUCGGGUCACUUCCUGCCCAAAGAGCAACUCCAGGCUCUGUUCACCCGGGCGGGCGUUGACCUCAGCCGUCCUAUUUGUGUCUCCUGUGGCUCGGCUGUGACUGCGUGUAAUGUGGCGCUGGCGGCCCAUGAGUGCGGGCACCCGGGGGUGUCAGUGUACGACGGCGGGUGGUCGGAGUGGUACACUCGCGCUGUGCCCGAGCACGUCAUCUCUGAAGGACGGGGGAAACACUUGUGAUAGGUUUAGGAUAGCAGGAGGUGUGUUUGAUGGGUUGGAUCAGACUGGUACCGGACGACACUGGAUUGUUUAUGUCUGAUAAGGUUUAAAAGAGUAGUCUGAUAUUUUUGGAAAUACCUCCUUCUUAGUUGAUGUUUAGGCGAAAGGUAGAUGACGAAAUUGACACCACUCAAGUGUGUAUGCUUAAUAUGAAGCUACAGAAAACAAAAAAGUUAAAUUAGCUUAGCUUAGCCUAGUGUAAAGGCUGGAAAUAGGGGCAAACAGCUAGUCUGACUCUGCACAAAGUUUUAAAAAAAAUCUGUCAUCUUGCACCAGUUUUACAAAUUUGCACAUUAUGGCUUAUUUGUUUAAUCCAAGAACAAAAAGGAAUAUAAAAAUAAGACAAGCUGUUUUGUCUGCCACUAGCCUUUAUGCUAAGCUAAGCUGACCUCCUGCUGGUUGCAGCUUCAUACUUAGUGUAUAGAUGUAAGUGUUGUAUCAAUUUUCUCAGUGAAUUCUCGGCAAAAAGACACACACACAAACAAAAAACAAUGGUAAUCCAAACAUACAUCACUAAGGGACUUAUUUUUCACUCCAGACACAUUAAAAAGUGACUUGACCAAAGAGCCAGCAAGAUGUGAACACUAAACUUGACUGUUUAAUCAUGUUCGACACUGAAAAGGGUUUGUUUACAGAUGCAAUGCUAAUGUUGGUAAUAAAAAUAGAGCUGCACUUUGAAUCACAA